AUGGCACCCAAGUAUGGCCUGCGCUCAUCCCGCAAUCAGCCAUGUAACUCGUCUCCGUCCUCGAAUCCCGAUAAAUGGCUCUCCUGGAAGAAGCUGUUUUUUGGCAGCAGGAAAAAGGCCCUGUCGUUUGAAUCGAUCGUUAACGGCUGCACUUGUUCGCCCUGUGGAUUGGUCGAUUUUAUGAAUUACCUCCUUUAUGUUGAACGCGCUGCCGAAAAUCUUCAAUUCUACCUAUGGUACCAGGACUACAUCCAGCGCUUCGCUGCCCUCUCUGAAUCGCAGUGGGCAUUAUCGCCGCCGUGGACGGAAGAGCAACGGAAGAGAGUGAUCAGGCUUAACAAUCAAUCUAAAGAGAGAGCGAAGCGUGCCCCUUCUGUUACUGGUGCAUUUGUACCCGCUCCCGCCUUUCCACCUGUUGGAGAAACUGAGCUGGAUGAUUUGACUCCUUUUGCAACCCGCCCAAGCAGCUCCCAUGUCGACAUUGAAACCAGCAGUAUUACCCGCGGAGACUGGUUUGACUGGGAUGGAGGAUCGAAAGCAGCGGAAUGCCAGGAGUCUAUCGACGAAUCAAGCGCCUUCGACGGUAUCAACCCUCUUGAGCCAUGUAUGACUGCCAGUUCUAUCAAUUACCUAUUGUGCCGACCAACCAUUGCUAACAAGUUACAAUCUUCAGUCACUAUUCAACCACAUCGCAAGGAAAUCAACCGUAUCAUAUCCACCUACAUCUUAGAUAAUGCACCCCGGCAGCUGAAUCUCACAUCAAUAGAGCGCAUAAUAGUUAUGCAAGCUCUAUCCGCCACGACCCAUCCAUCCGCCUUUGCCGGCGUAGUCCAAGAAGUCGAAUGGAAUCUACGCCAACAAUCUCACCCGCAAUUCCUCCGAUGGUCUCUAAAUAACAGCAAUAGCAGCCGGUUACUGUGUGCUCGUGUAUUUAGCAUGCUAAUCAUUGCCUUCGGGCUCGCCUUGGCCAUUGUUUUGGUAUUCAGCAAGGUCCAUCGCGGCUGGAGGAUGUUUUCUGCCCUGCUUCUAUUUCCCGGCAUCGCAUCAUUGAUUGCUGCGAUGGAAGGAACUUGCAUGGUAUGUGGUUUUUCAACUCCAUACCACUAUUAUCAAUGCUUACUCCGUCCAUUUUUAGUUAUUUCUUUGUUUUUACAAGCGUCAACUACACCCCUGGGAGAUAUACGGCGCAACAAAUGA